CUCCGCGCCGAUAACCCCACGCUCUGGUUGCGAAAGCCGCGGCGUUGCUCCUUUGCCCCGGUCCCUCCUCCUGCCCCGGGGAGGCGGAAGCCGGGGCGGGGCCCGGCGGCGGUGCCGGUACCGAUACCAGCGGCGGCAUGGGGUGGGCUCUGCUGGGCGUCGGGCUCUUCCUGGCCCUCUACACGCUGAUCCGCCAUGGGCUGCGCCGCGCCCCGCCGCCCCGAGCCCGCCCCGCGCUCCACGGCCGCACCGCCAUCGUCACCGGGGGAAGCGGCGGCAUCGGAGCGGCCACGGCGCUGGAGCUGGCCCGGUGCGGGGCCCGCGUCAUCCUGGCGACCCGCAGCGCCCUGCGGGGGGAGGCCGCUGCCCGCCGCAUCCGAAUGGAGACCGGAAACUCAGAGGUGCAGUUCAUGCAGCUGGACCUGUCCAGCCUGCAGUCAGUGCGAGCCUUCGCCAGCGCCUUUCUGCGCCAGGAGCCCCACCUGCACCUCCUCAUCAACAACGCGGGGGUGAGCGUCGGGGGCACAACAGAGGACGGCUUCAGCCUUCCCUUCCAGGUGAACCACCUGGGCCAUUUCCUGCUCACUCAGCUGCUGCUGGAGCGGCUGCAGAGCUGCGCUCCCAGUCGCAUCGUCAUAGUCGCCUCCAGCGCCCACUGCGCCGGCCGCCUGCGCCUCGAUGCUCUGGGCCACCCACCUCCUGGGCUGUGGCCCACCUUCCAGGACUACUGUGACAGCAAACUGGCCAAUGUGCUGCACGCCCGUGAGCUGGCCACGCGGCUGCAGGGAACCCAGGUGACAUGCUACGCUGUGCACCCAGGGUUCGUCAACACAGAGCUGUUCCGCCACGCACCGCUCUGGCUGAAACCAUUCCUCAUCCCACUGGCCUGGCUCUUCUUCUGUGAUGCGGCUGAGGGUGCCAGGACCUCCCUGCACUGUGCCACGUAUGAGGGUCUUGAGUGCUUCAGUGGACGAUACUUCACUGACUGUCACCUGCAGGAGCCGUGGCCACCAGCCCACAAUGACCAGCUGGCCCUGGCACUCUGGGAAGCCAGCGAGAGGCUGGUAGGACUCAGGGAGAAAACAGAGAGCCCCUCGCGGGGCCCUGCAGCUUUUGUGCAAUAAAAGUGAUGGUGGGGAAAGGGAGGGAGCCACUGUCAGCUCCUACAAAGUCUGUAGUGCGCACAGUCCCCCUCGCACCCUCUUCCCCUUGUACACUACAAUACACACGCACCCUGCAGACACUGCAGUACACACACGCCCCCUCGUCUUGCAAAUGCCUGCAGACACGGCAAUGAACACACAGCCCCCUCAUCUUGAAUACGCCUGCACACACUGCGAUGCACACAGAGCCUCCUCUCGCACAUGCCUGCACACACUGCGAUGCACACACUGCGAUGCACACACUGCGAUGCACACAGAGCCUCCUCUCGCAC